CUCUCUGUCUUGUCUUGUCUCUAUCUCAACAUCUUCAUUUUCCAUCUCUAACCUCUUCUUCCUCUUCUUCCUCUUCUUCCUCCCCUUCCUCCCCCUCCCCCUCCUCUCCUCCUACGCUUUUAUCCACAUCUUCUUCCUUUUCUUCUCGUUCAUUUCUUCAUACUUUCCCUCUGUCCACCAUUUCGCUCCUUUCCUAGUCCCACCCUGUCUCCUGGCCAUUCGUCGUGGCCGUCCGCUCCUUACCGUCUCUCUCUCCUUCACUUUGUGAUCAAUAGCUUAUGACAGCCUUCUGACGAAUAUACCUUCUAUCUAAUUGCAACUCCCGUCCCUACUGUUGUAUUCUCUGGCAUUCACCGCUCGACGGGUUACGGUCCCUGUCCACAUCUCUACGCUGCCGAAGCCGCCUCUGCCGGGAGGGGCCAAAUGUAUAUUUGGAGUGAAUAACGGCGGGCUGCCUGAAAGAAGAAGGGGUUGUGUUGUGUUGUGUUGUCUUGUGCCUAGGGCUUAGCCGGAGGCAAUCUUCGCGAUAACAAUAUCUAAAUUUCCGUCAUUCUGCUGGACAGGUGAAGUUAGUUGUUAAUCGCCUGUUUAUAUCUCGUGGAGAGCAAAAAUAUUUUAGCCUGCGUGAACGAGUACUGCACCGGCUGGCGCUGGUACUGUUCAUGAUGACUUCUCUAUCUCUUUCCUCUGCCCAGGCUCAGCAUCUGUCCCUGGAUUCCUCGAGGACCUCUUACGACAUGCAGAAUUCCCGGCGUCUGUCAGCCACUAUUCCAGCGCCUAACCCGCCGUUCGUUUUCCCACAACACGAGCCUCCGUCUCCCAAGCCCACGUCUAAUCGUUCACCUGCUCCGCUUCCUGCCUUUUCAUUUCCGCAGGCGCCUGAUCCAGCUGCUUCUUCUACGUCUCCCCCACCCACGACACCAAAUUUACGUCCUGUCGGCCAUCGUCGACGUCCAAGUGAACUGAAUGGCAGUGAACCUGUAGGGUCAUUAGGGCCGCCAAUGUUGGAGAGCAAUGUGCUUCCGACGCCGCCACCUCUUCCCACGCCAGGACCAGGCCUGAGUGGCCCUGGCCCUGGGCGACGUGGCCACCACCAUCGUCGGUCCGCUGCCAUUUCGAGCAUGGACUUGACAACAAUUACAAAAGCGUUCCCGCCAAUACCAGUGGGAGGUAGCGCGCCAGUAACUCCUGCAGAUCUUAGACAGCAACAUGCGCUGAACGAGGAUAUAGCCAGACCGAGCUCCCGUUCAUUCCCUAACUUGACCCCACAUACACCUCCCAUCUCCCCCGGCUUGAGUCUCUCCAUCCCGAAUUCGAAUUCAAAUCCUCGUAGUCAGAUGGCGAAAUCCUCUCCCAGCUCACAUCGCCCGCUCUCAACCAUUUCCUCAGAGGGUAGCAUGUCUACCGUCUGUCACCAUGGCCAUGGAAGUAGGGCAUCGUCAGCUGCUAAUACGAUAACCACAGAAAAGCCACAGACUCGUCCGAAAACAGCUGGACCUUCACUGGACCAAAUCCACGGGACAUCCGACUCAACAAACGAAAAUCCACCCCAAAAAAGACCACUUUCUGCUUCUGCGUCCGUUGCUGGUCUGAACAAGUCUUCAUCUGACGCUCCAGAACUCCCUCCUCUCAAGAAGAAUAUAAUUGAAGGAUAUAACAAGUUCACUAAUAUCUCCAUAUCCAAAAAGGGUUCCGCUUCACUUCCAAAACUAGAGCCCACUGCAUCUAGUCAGGAUCGACCCCGAACUUCACCAGAGAGGAAGCCAAGCAAGAAGCCGAAGAAGGUACGUUCAUGGGCUGGUAUUCUGACGCGAAAGGCGAAGAAGCGCUCAAAAAAGCCGCUGUCGAGAAAAGCACCGACUCCUCCGCCCAUUCUUAGUCGAACCAACUCGGAAAUCGGGUCAAUGGCGGAAAUCAACUUUGAUGACGAUAAUGUGAUUAUUUUACGGACACCUACGCUACCUGAUGCUCCUAGAAAUUUGGAUACCACUGAAACAAAGGAUACAUUUUCACUGGAAUCCUCUUGGAAACCACGAAGCUUUUAUGAACAAGGAACAGAUUCCGAUAUGUUUAGCCCUGUAAUCGACUUAGACGCUGCUCUUGGACCUUUUAAUACCCCAGAAAUGGGAUCUGACCGUAAUUCUGGAAGUGGAUUCUCUGCUGCUACAAAACGUAUGUACAGUGGUGGCCGAAGAGGAGAAUUUGUUGGACCGGAAAUGCGGUAUCAUCGUCGUGCAGAAAGCGCUCCGGAAAUGCCUCCCUUUGAUCGCAGUGCACUUGGACUCGGCAGGUUCGGUGGAACAUCGACUCUUACGAACCCAGACGUUUUCUAUGAAGAGGAGGAAGAUGCUUUCCUUGCUGAAACAGAUGUUGCUGAAUCACCUAGUUCAGUGUCCGAGACAUCCUCACCUGUAGCUUCAAAUGACGAAGCAAAUCACUCGUUUGAGAGUAAUUCGUCUGCCACAGUGACAGGUGCACCUUCGAAAAAUAAUGAGAGCAAUUCGUUAUCGCCACCUAGUCUUGGUAUUGAAGCUAUGGAUUCUAAGAAUCCCCCAGUCGCGGUUGCUGACACAGAUUGCGAGACAGCCAGCAGUCAUCCCGGGCCAUCCCAAAUUGAGGAUUCUCCACUUACUCCAAGUUCAAUUGCGACUGGGAUAUGUGGCCAUUCACACAACUCCCAACGGUCUGACGAUAUCGAGAUAGUAGAAGUCGAGAAUUGGCCGAUGUCAGCUGAGAAGCCUACAAUUCUUCCGGAUAAACGCCCUUCCACGUCACCGGAUUAUGUCUACUCGACGAUGCCCAAAACCCCCGUUCCGGACGUUCCCGUCCUCAGCUUCCCGUCCCCAAACGCCUCCAAUAUCUCAUUCGAACCUCCCCGAUUAACAACUGCUUCUUCAACAAUGACGGAUCGAGACCGCCAGACAUUCCAUUCUGGCUACAGCAUGGACCCGGGCACAUCCGAUUAUAACUAUCGCCACGACUCUGCCGAAGAUGUCCCAUCCCUAACUAGCAGUGCUUCCACCACAACGGGUACCAUGCCCAGGUUUUCCUCUAGCUUCUACGCCCGUGGCCCCGGCGACCGAGCCUCCUCGUUUUCCGCAGCCACAUCCCGACGAACCAGUCGCUCGAAUGCACCCAAACGGUCCAGCCUGGUCAGUCUUUCCAAGCUCGUCACGGGGAGCACCGGCGAGAAAUCGAAGCUUAGUUACGAGGAGAAAGCACCGCGCGACGACACUGAGAAGAGUAAGAAAAAGGGGCAUCGGAUUAGUCGGUUGAUGCAUUUUUGGAGGGCGAAGGAGAAGCAAAGGGAAACUGAUUGAUUCUACUACCAUUACCAAUAUCAACGCCUCUACCCUCUCACCUCCGUUGUUUGAGUUUAUAUCAUGAGCAUCAUCAACCAUAAGAACCGAAAAUAUUCUGACAGUAAAAGAGCGAUCUGUCCGGUUUAUGUAUGUGAAAGUCAUAUUUUUGCUUUUGCUCUUUUUUGUUCUACCAUCUUGCACUUUUUCAUCUUAACUUCAUUUCAACAUCAUCAUUUUUUGCAGCUUCUACUUUUAUUAGUCUCUUCAUUUCUAGUUUCCGUUUUCCUUUCCUUUUCUUUUUUUCUUUUUUUCCCGUUCUCAUUUUCAUUUCCGUCUUAAAUUCCCCCUGUUGCUCUAUUUGUCUUUCGAUUCUCAUUACAUUCUGUCUCGUUUGCUCGACAUUUUAAUUUCCUUUUUUUUUCUUUUUUCACUUUCGGCUGGCGGCGUAAACAUCAGGCAACAACGAUAUCAUGGAUGGGACCCAUUGACUUAUGGAGGCUUUUUUUCUUCUUUCCAUUUAAUUCUUUUAUUGCAAUAUUUUCUUUCCCCUGCUUUUACCAAUCAAUAAAUCAUCUCUCUCUUAUCAGUUUUCUUUUCUUUCUUCCACAGACAUUCAUUUACUCAGUCAACUGUAUGGUUUUCCUCUUUUCUGAGUUAGUUUUUGGUUUUUACUUUUAUGUUCCGCUCGUUCUAAUCAUGAAGACAGGAAGAAGGAAAGAAAGAAUAAAGAAACUAGACCAUAGCAUCGCUAUAGGGAAAAAAAUACAGAAUAAUGUUUCUUUUCGUUACUCUUUAUUGAUACCUAUAGAUAGUAUGUAUGUACUCUGUAGUCUGUAAUGUAUAGGUAUAGGAGGAAUGUAUGUAUCAGAGGAAAUUCGCUCCCUACUUAGAUAUUUCUACCCAUCUUCUUUCGGACAGGUAUGGUAUAUAGAGACUAAUAUGUGGAGAUAAGUCUUCCCGUGAUAGCCCAUACAUACAUAGGUUAUGAUUUCCGCUCAACUGAUGAAUUAGAUAGGUAUUAUCACAGCUGAUAUGUUUCUU